GGCUCUCGCCGCGUCCCGGGAGCGUCACCGCACUGGCGGAAGGAGCGGCAGGCAGUAGGCACCCGGGCGCUGGCGCGUCGGCGGCUCCGCUCUCCCGCCAGCAGCCUCGGGCGCCGGGAACCCGCGGUCCGGGCGGCUGCACCGCGCGUGGGGCCCGCAGCGGGCGAGCAGGAGGCUGCGAGGAGGGGAAGUGGCGGUGCCGGAGGCCGGCGGUCUCUGCAACAGCUUGGGGCGCACCCCAGCCUCCGCCCGCAGCCCGGGACUCCGAGCUCGGGCGUCCUCCCUGCCCGCGUCCCCGCGCGGCCACAUGGCUCCCCUCCGCGCGCUGCUCUCGUGCCUGCUUCCCCUGCACUGCGCGCUCUGUGCGGCCACCGCGGCGGGCAGCCAGACCCCAGAGCUGCGCCUCUCUGGGAAGCUCCGGGACUAUGUCGUGACCGUGCCCUGCAGCACAGAUUUUCGGGGACGCUUCCUCUCCCACGUGGUGUCUGGCCCAGCAGCAGCCUCUGCAGGGAGUGAGGCAGUGGGCAGGCCACCCACACCACCAUCAGGCUCCAGUCCCCGCCGGGUGGCUCGCAGCCCCCCGAGCCCCAAAGGAGGGACCCUGUGGCCUGGCAGGGCAGGACGUGAUUCCCUGUACUUCAACGUGACUGUUUUCGGGAAGGAACUGCACUUGCGAGUGCGUCCCAACCGCCGGCUGGUGGUGCCUGGAGCCUCGGUGGAGUGGCAGGAGGAUUUUCGGGAGCUGUACCGGCAGCCCUUGCGGCACGAGUGUGUCUACACCGGGGGCGUCAUGGGCAUGCCGCGGGCAGCUGUCGCCAUCAGCAACUGCGAUGGAUUGGCCGGCCUGAUCCGCACAGACAGCACCGACUACUUCAUUGAACCGCUGGAGCGGGGGCAGCAGGAGAAGGAGGCCAGCGGGAGGACGCACGUGGUGUACCGCCGGGAAGCCGUCCAGCAGCAGCGGGCGCGGUCGCACAGGGACUUCCACAAUGAAGCCUUUGGCCUGGGCGACCUUCCCAACCUGCUGGGCCUGGUGGAGGACCGCCUGGGCGACGCAGAGCGGAAGCGGCGGCACGCCAAACCCGGCAGCUACAGCAUCGAGGUGCUGCUGGCGGUGGACGACUCGGUGGUGCGCUUCCACGGCAAGAGGCACGUGCAGAGCUACGUCCUCACCCUCAUGAACAUCGUAGAUGAGAUAUAUCACGACAAGUCCCUGGGGGUCCACAUAAACAUCGCCCUGGUCCGCUUGAUCAUGGUGGGCUACCGGCAGUCGCUGAGCCUGAUCAAGCAUGGGAAGCCUGCACGCAGCCUGGAGCUGGUCUGUCGCUGGGCAUACUCCCAGCGGCACCAGGACCCCGGCCAUGCCGAGCACCACGACCACGUCAUCUUCCUCACCCGGCAGGACUUUGGGCCCUCAGGAUAUGCACCCGUCACUGGCAUGUGCCACCCCCUGAGAAGCUGUGCCCUCAACCACGAAGACGGCUUCUCUUCUGCAUUCGUGGUGGCCCACGAGACAGGCCACGUACUCGGCAUGGAGCACGACGGCCAGGGGAACAGCUGUGCAGACGAGACCAGCCUGGGCAGCGUCAUGGCGCCCCUGGUGCAGUCAGCCUUCCACCGCUUCCACUGGUCCCACUGCAGCAGGCUGGAGCUCAGCCGCUACCUCCCCUCCUACGACUGCCUCCUUGAUGACCCCUUUGCGCCCACCUGGCCCCAGCUCCCCGAGCUGCCCGGGAUUGACUACUCAAUGGACGAGCAAUGCCGCUUUGACUUCGGCACUGGGUACCAGACCUGCUCGGCGUACAGUACCUACGAGCCCUGCAAGCAGCUGUGGUGCAGCCACCCUGACAACCCGUACUUCUGCAAGACCAAGAAGGGGCCCCCGCUGGAUGGGACCGAGUGCGCACCUGGCAAGUGGUGCUUCAAAGGUAACUGCGUCUGGAAGUCUCCGGAGCAGACUUAUGGCCAGGAUGGAGGCUGGAGCUCCUGGACCAAUUUUGGAUCGUGUUCGCGGUCAUGUGGGGGCGGAGUGCGAUCCCGGAGCCGGAGCUGUGACUACCCCCCCCCAGCCUAUGGAGGCCGCCCGUGCCCGGGGCCCAUGUUCGAGUACCAGGUCUGCAACAGCGAGGAGUGCCCGGGGCCCUAUGAGGACUUCCGGGCCCAGCAGUGUGCCAAGCGCAACUCCUACUACAUCCACCAGAACGCCAAGCACAGCUGGGUCCCCUACGAGCCUGAGAAUGAGGCCCAGAAGUGUGAGCUGAUCUGCCAGUCGGCGGACACAGGUGACGUGGUGUUCAUGAACCAGGUGGUCCAUGACGGGACCCGCUGCAGCUACCAGGACCCGUACAGCAUCUGCGCCCGCGGCGAGUGUGUGCCCGUCGGCUGUGACAAGGAGGUCGGGUCCAUGAAGGCUGAUGACAAGUGUGGAGUCUGCGGGGGUGACAACUCCCACUGCAGGACUGUGAAGGGGACGCUGGGCAAGGCCUCCAAGCAGCCAGGAGCUCUCAAAUCAGUGCAGAUCCCGGCAGGCUCCAGGCACAUUCAGAUUGAGGAGCUGGAGAAGGGCGCCCACCGCGUUGUGGUGAAGAACCAGGUCACAGGCAGCUUCAUCCUCAACCCCAAGGGCAAGGAAGCCGCUAGCCUGAACUUCACCGCGAUGGGCCUGGAGUGGGAGUACACGGUGGGGGAUGCCAAGGAGAGCCUCAGGACCAGCGGGCCCCUGCCCGAAGCCAUUGCCGUGCUGCUGCUCCCCCCAGGAGACGGUGGCUCCCGCAGCAGCCUGGCCUACAAGUAUGUCAUCCAUGAGGACCUGCUGCCCCUUAUCGGGAGCAACAACGUGCUCCUGGAGGAGACGGACACCUACGAGUGGGCGCUCAAGAGCUGGGCCCCCUGCACCAAGGCCUGCGGAGGAGGUAUCCAGUUCACCAAGUAUGGCUGUCGGCGCAGACGCGACCACCACAUGGUACAGGGGCAUCUGUGCAACCCCAGGAAGAGGCCCAAGCCCAUUCGCCGGCCAUGCAACCAGCACCCUUGCUCCCCGCCUGUGUGGGUGACGGAGGAGUGGGGUGCCUGCAGCCGGAGCUGUGGAAAGCUGGGGGUGCAGACGCGGGGGGUGCAGUGCCUGCUGCCCCUCUCCAACGGUACCCGCAAGGCUGUGCUGGCCAAGGCCUGCCCCGGGGACCGUCCCGAGGCCCGGCGGCCCUGCCUCCGCGUGCCCUGCCCAGUCCAGUGGCGGACCGGGGCCUGGUCGCAGUGCUCCACCACCUGUGGGGAGGGCAUCCAGCAGCGGCAGGUGCUGUGCCGGACCAAUGCCAACAGUCUCGGGCAGUGCGAGGGGGACAAGCCGGACAGCGUCCGAGUCUGCAGCCUGCCUGCAUGCACAGGAGGGCCCCAGAACACCACGGCAGAGGCUGACGUCAGGGAACUUGUCACCCCAGAGGGGGAGUGGGUGCCACAGUCUGGGCCCCUGCAUCCCAUCAACAAGAUAUCAUCAAUGGAGCCCUGCCCAGGGGACAGGUCCAUCUUCUGCCAGAUGGAAGUGCUCGAUCGCUACUGCUCCAUCCCGGGCUACCACCGGCUGUGCUGUGAGUCCUGCACCAGGAAGGGCCCAGGCUCUGACUUGGCCUCACCACCACCCAGCUCCACCCCCGGGAGCCCCUUUGCAGCACCCAAGGCCCCACCAGAUGCCGUGGAGCCCACCGGGGGCACAGUGGGGCCAGCUGGCCAUCACCUCACCACACCAUUCCCAGAGCCUCUGGACAGAAGCUCCCCAGUGGUCCAGUACAGCUCUGCACCUCCGAAACCGAGCCCUAGGGCAUUCUGGGGCACUUCCCCUACCACCUUCUGGGGGCCGCCCCAGGGAGGGACUCAGGCAACCACGCCAGGCUCCAACGAUAAAGGGCAGCCCAGCGAAGUCCCGGAGCACCCGGGCACCAGACUUCCUACCACCUCCCCGGUGACCUGAGCCCUGCCUCUCCUGUUCCUCAGUCAAGUUUACAAGUCGUGUGCUGCCCCCGGGGCCCCUGGCUCAGAGAACACCCACUGUGGGGCAGGGGCAAGCACAGACUUCCUUUUAAGUUAUUUCCUUCUUCUUGUUCUUGUUUGGGGCUGUGACACUCUUCAUCCUUGAAGGGGUGGAAGGAAGAGAAAGAUCAGGGAAAGCCCUAACCGGAGAUACCUCAGCAAGCAGCCCCAGGCAGCAGAAUCAAGCUUCUCAGGGGUUCCUGUUGGUUUUGCCUGCCAGGGCCAAGGGUCAGCUCUCGCCCAUUCCUCAUAGCUGCUGGGCCCGAGGCAGGGCUGCAGCCCAAGCUGGGAGCUGGGAGGGCUGCCACCUGUGCUAGGACAGACCCUCUGCCCAGCAAGGCAAAGCAGGGCCAGGGAAGGGGGGGGGGCACUUACAGGGCAGCCUGAGAGGAAGGGGGCUGGGGUCACUGUGGCCAUGAGGUCUCUCCCCUAGCAGGCUGAGGAGGGGGGACGCAAGUUUGUCUCAGGCCCAGCUCUUGGUGGCCAAGGGCUCCACGCAGCUCUGCUGGCCAAGGUGAGGAGCUCUUUACUGGCUGGAGGCAGAGUUUGUAGCUCCAUCUGCCCCUGCAGAUGUUGCUUUCUGUUGCUUCUGGUGGCUCUGGGUUACAGGCUGGGCUCGGUGCAAGCUGGGCUGGGGGUCCCCACCCCCAGCCCCAGAGAAGGGGUCUCAGAACACUGUAGAACCAUAGCCUCAUCAUCCAGGAUUUCUAAACUGGUGCUUGACCACUGAGUAGUCCAGAAAUGACAUUUUUAGUUAUCACCCAGGGCUUGCAGGGAGGCAGGCCUGGAAAGGGACUUUGGGGGAUUCAGACAAGUCAUGACUUCUCAGGCUGUCAGGCCCCAGGCAUGUGCCCCUUCCCCACCAUGCCUUUAGUUGUUGCCCCCCACCAAAGAACACUCCUGUUGGAGCCAGAGGUGGUCUUCUCCCACUGGGCUAGAGCUUGGCCAGAGGUUUGUGGGGCUCUGGGGGGGUCGUGAGGCCCCAGGGCUGAGGACCAGGGAGUCCACUCUUGGCCAGACCUCAGGGAUGACAAGGACAACUGGGCCUCUGCUCCUACACUGGGGCGGGUGACAGCCCGGGACUCUCAGGAGCUGCUCGGCCCCCCGGGGGGGCCGUACUCACAGAAGUCACGGAGAGGAUCUACCAGACUCCUCAAAGUGGUUCGAGGUGCUUGCCGGGUCUUCCUUCCCGUUCCUCAGCCUGGACAAGGGGCUGUUCUGAGCGGCUUUGAGAAAUAGGAGCCCCUGGAGCCCCACAGAGGGGGCAUCCCCAGGUGCUUUCUCCACCACAGCCCUCCCCUCCCUGGGAUGCUGGGGCACACAUCGAGUCAUUCCCGUGAGAACCGAGCCCGGCCGGUGUUGAGGUGUGUAAACUCUUGUGCCUUUGAGAUCCAGAUCUUUUACCUUUUAAAUAUUUAUUAACAUUGUCCUUGGUGUUUUAUUUUGAA